ACAGUGCAAUUAAUAGGACACAAUAAGAUACUAGUGCAACUAAUCAUGGCUCUCCAGCAGUUAUUUCCAGCUUUAUCCAUUGCCUUGGUGCUUCUAUCUUUGCCUGUUUAUGGCCAGAUCAAUUCACCUUGUACAACUUCGAUGCUCACCAGCUUCACUCCUUGCCUGAAUUUCAUUACCAAUAGCAGCACCAAUGGGAAUUCGCCUACUGCAGAUUGCUGCAAUGUAAUUAAGGCAUUCAUGGCCAACAGCACAGGCUGUCUCUGCCUUGUUGCAACUGGAGGCGUUCCCUUCAACCUUCCCAUCAAUCGAACUCUCGUCCUCUCCCUCCCCCGCACCUGUAACCAGCCUGGUGUACCCCUUCAGUGCAAAGCCUCUGUAGCACCUAUUCCUGCUCCAGGACCUCUAGCUGGUGGACCUGCAGUGUCACCUGCAGCUAAUCCUCCUACAGGUACCAUGUCACCUGCAGCUGCUCCUCCUACAGGCUCUGUGGUUCCCCAGGCUGGCUCUCCAACAUUGGCACCAGAGGCUGAAACAAAUCCGGCUUUGACUCCACCAUCUUCAACUACAAAUUCAGGAUCUCCAGCAGGGAAUUCAGGCAACCGACAGUCUGUGACCCCAUCAGCUGCCUCAACACUGAGUUUUUCACCAUUGCUUCUGCUAGCUGUGAUCGGAGCAAUUGCCCUGAGGAAUUAUUGAUCUGAUGCU